UUGAACCAGUCACUCUUAGAGUAGCUCUUAACUAACUUGCAUAUACCUGUCUAGCUUCCCUCGGUCACGGUCCCUCGCUCUGGGUUCCCCGAGGACUGCCUCAUUUCUUCGGAUUCUGGAUUUUGCUUUGGAGACCGCAACACGUUUUCCUGACAAAUCAAUGUGGAAAAACCUGCUGGAAGACCGCUGCUUCCACCAGCAAGUUUAAACCAGUGUGUCUUAGAACCUACUUACCACGGGAGAUCUGCAAUGCUCACAGCCGUCUGUGGUUCUCUUGGCAACCAGUGCUCAGAGACACCUUGUUCUUCUCCAAGCCACUUGGAGCUGCAGCCUCUGCAGACAUAUCAACCUCACACCAGCCCAGAAAGUGGGGGAGAUUUCCCAUCCCCUCUGCAACCCACAGAACUCCAGCACUUGCCUUUGGCUGCACCUGACACGGAAUACUCGGGUAACAGUGGUUACGAACUGCAUGGAUCUUCAAGAGUAGAUCUGGACAGCGAAAGCCAGCUGCCACCCGGGUCAUACUCUAAGCUUUUGCAAGCAACGCCAGAUAUGUCUCAGCAUUAUGAACCUUGGUUUAGACCUACACAUUCAGGCAACACCACUGAUGACAAUAAUGUCAACCCAUGGUGGGAUCUCCAUGCUGGAUCUAGCUGGAUGGAUCUUCAAAGUGGUCUCCAACCACCAAGCCACACAAGUGGUCUUCAGCCAGCAUUGGGUGGCUAUGGUUCUGCAGAACAUCAACUCUGUGGUCCACCUCAUCAUCUGCUGCCUUCAGCACCACACCUCAUGAAUCAAGAAGUUAUCAAAUCCCUAGAUUCUACUCAAGAGCCUCACUCAAUGGAGCAAGCUGGUGAUAGUAGUGGAAGGCCGAAAAGCUCAAGGCGUUCAGUGACCCGGAGCUCUGGCCAAGCUGUUUGCCGAUGUCCUAACUGUCAAGAAGCUGAAAGGGUGGGCCAGUGCCCUGACAAUUCCAAAAAGAAGCAUCUCCAUAACUGUCAUAUUCCUGGUUGUGGCAAGGCAUAUGCCAAGACAUCCCAUUUGAAGGCUCACUUGAGAUGGCACAGUGGUGACCGUCCAUUUGUCUGCAAUUGGUUGUUCUGUGGAAAGCGCUUCACCCGCUCUGAUGAAUUGCAGAGGCACCUUCAGACCCAUACAGGAACCAAAAAAUUCACCUGCCCUGUUUGCAAUCGAGUCUUUAUGAGAAGUGACCAUCUAAGCAAGCACAUGAAGACACAUGAUGGUGCCAAGGAAGAAGCAGAAGGAGAGGCUAAAACUGGAACAGAGCUUUCUGCUAAAAUCAAACGGGAACCUGAGGGAAGCGCAUCGAGUGCUACUUCUCAACCUAAUUGAGCCAUUUUCUUUUCAUCUUCUCUCAAGGAUAUCCAAUUCUUCCUAUUUCUCUAUAAUGGUCACUCCUGGGUCUGUAAUUUGAUCUUUCCUACUCAUGGCUACAGGAUCAAUCCAUCCUCUGACAUGAACUUUAGUCUGUCCUUAAAUGCGAUGUUAUUUAUUUUGUAGGAGGAAAGGGUGAUAUUUUGGGGACAAUUUGUUAAGGCCAGGCCUUUAGCAGUUUGUUUGUUUGGGAAAUAUAGGAAAAUACUGUUAAAAGAAUGGUUAAAGAGGUGGGUGGGUUAAGUGGCAUCUUGAGGACAGUUACAAAUGGAGGGAUGUAGUCCUUGCCUCCUUUCAUUUGAAUGAUAGGUUUCUUGUUUUUGCUAUAUACAAAAUCACAAACAUACAAAGGGUUAUAGUGGAACCUCAUUCUUUAGUUUAAGCUUUUAGAGAUUUAGGGAUUUGGAUAUUAACCGUCCCAUGUUUGGUUCCAGUUCAGUAGGUAACAUGGUAAAUCCAGCUUAGUAUGCAAAAUGUCAACCACACCUCAGUUUAGAUUUUUUGGGGGGGGGGAGGAUCACGAGUAGAAUUCUUGGCUUGCAUCUCAGAGAGCUACCUCACUCUGUUCCCAAAGCAGAGAUCCUAGACCAUAUCCUUACUUAUGGAUACAGGUGGCUUUAAAAGUAGAUUAGCUUUUUUUAUGGCAGUUGGUGGCCCUUGUAAAUUAUUGUAACAUGGAAUAACAUAAUCCAAGCUUUAAAUUUUUCUGAAGUCCCAACUGAAAUAUAGAUUUAUAUUUGCCUUUGGAGCUAGUGUUUUGCUUAGAUUUCUAUUAAAAGAUAGGUUUUCUAAAAUUGUUUGUAUUUUCAAUAAAAAAUGAAGCAUCUGGUCUCCAGGAGAUAUGACCAUUUCCUUUUCUGAGAAGAAAAAAGAAUGAGAAGAUAGAGAAAUGUGCAAAUUGAAGGAAUUGGGAAAUGAUAUUUUUCCUGCCACUGAAAAAAGACACCUGAAUAUUUUUGGGUAUAGGGCAGGAUGAAAAUACCAUAUUUUCUAAUAAUUAAUAUGCUGUUCUGUUAAUAUCUAGAAUGCUUUUGUAUGAUUGGAUGUUUCUUUAAUUUCACAGAAAUGAGAGGAUUUCCUUAAAAUAAGGGAGAAAAUUCAUGUUGUGUUGAUCGAGUAGAAAUGGCUAGCACUUUUUCUGUACGCACACUUUAAAAAUGUAUGUUUUCUCAGUCCUCCAAAUCUUUUUCCCUACUUUAAGGUUUCUUUGCAAGGGAAGUAUGUACUAAAGUGCUGGGUUAGGACUCAGUUUCUGAUUGCCUCAGGGCAAAUUCAGCAAUUAAGGAUGUGUUUUUGUUUUGUUUUGUUUGUUGCAUUCUUACUAUAGCAGAUGGCAAACUAGUUCAAGCACAUGAAUUGGUUAUAAUUGGUUAUUGUAAAUUGAGGCUAUCUUUCACUUACGUUAAUACCAGUCUUGAUUUCCAGCUGUAUAAAAAGUGAUUUAACUUUUGCUCACAGAACUGACUCACAAAUUUAACCAGGUUCUACAAUUAAAUCAGAUCUGAUUUAAGAUCUGAUCCUAGAACAAUUUUUGUUUCAGAUGUGGCCUUUAUGUCAGACAUCAUGUGCAAAUUCUUGCAAAUUGCUAUUACGUGUUGUGCAAGCAAAAUAAUAGAAGCAUUAAAAAAAUCUUAUUUGUACUUGUUUUUUUAAUUUGGAUAGAAAUAUGCAGAUUUCUGCUCAGAAACUGAAUGUGGAAGGGCUGCACCAUACUGUAUACUCUGGAUUGCUAGUAAUUCUUUUUGAGCCAGUUUUAUUUUAUGGAAGACUCUUAGGUGUCAACCAGCAGCAAUGAAAAUGGAGACUGGAAACAACACCAGAAGGAUGUAGAGCAAGCAGUGGAUAUUCUUGUGGUGGAGGUGGCUGCUAGAUAGAUGGCAGACUCCACCUCCCCCCCCCCUUGCUCUCUGCUCUCCACCAUCCAUCUUUUUAGUUACCGUAUUUUAUGUAUUUAUUCUCAUUGUAUUUCUUCGUCAUUGUUUGCUUCAUUGUUCUAUAAUUCUAUUUUUGUUUAUGUGCCUUUUCAUUUUUCUUCCUUUUUGUUAUUGUAGAUUGCCUAGAGAAAUCCCAUUCUAGGCAGCUAGUCCCACUUUGUUUAUUUAACAAAUAUUUAAAAACAUUUCCCCAAUCUUUCUUACCCAGAUCCAGUGUGCAGAGCCUGACUUGAAAGCAUUAGAACAAAAUGUUACAAAUAAGGAUAGAUUGCAAAACAUCUGGUGUCAGUGAAAAGGUGAAUGAAGGUUCUUGCUAAUUAGAUCUGAGAAUAGAGUAAACUCUGGUAUGCAAAUAGUGUUAUUUUAAAAAUUGUUUUUCUUAUCAGAUAGUUAUAGCUUUAUUUCAUAAGCAAUCCUUUAGUUCACUUUUACAGUUUAAUAAUAUUUUCUUCUAAAAUAAGUCAUGACUUGAAAAUACUGAAAUGUAAGUUGAAUAAAGUGCAUGUUUUAAUGUUAAA